AUGUCUGAUAUUGCAGCGUAUGCUUCCUAUUAUAGCGGCGCUAACAAUAGCACUGGUUGGGCUAAGAAUGUCUUUGAGGAAGCUAGAGCCGAAUUUAUUGCUACUCUUUUUAAGAAGUUCUUGUAG